UAAGUCAAUCAUUUUAAGAAGCGAUAAGUAUAUGUAUAAGUAUGUAAAUUAACCUUCCUGGAUCACGUGAUUGUCAAAAUGGAGACGUAUAAAUUAAGCGGUUAUUUUCUUUUGAAUCAAUAACCUUUUCCAUCCGUAGAUUCUUCUGUUGGAGACUUUGUGUACAUAGAACCUGCAGCAUUUGAUUAUGUUAGCAGUUUCAAAUUUAGUAUCUCACUAUGUUUGUCUUGCAAUGAGAUAUAUUUGAACAAAGUUAAGUGAGUUAAAUUUAAAUUAGUUUUGAACUAUGAGAAAAGCCAAUAUUGACAAUCUUCGAAAGAGUUUGUAAAUUACUUUUUGACAGAUAUUACAGGUUUAGCAAAGGCAGUUAUCAAGACAUGAUCGGAACUAAGAACGUAGUCAAUCCAAGUGAAAAAAUAAUCCAUUUGGAGGAUUUUGAACCGGAAGUAGACAGUUUACCCUCUGAGUACCUCCCUUUCAACCUGUCAAAUGGUCAUUGCCAGGCACACGAUGAUAUCCAUCUUACAUCGUUCAGAAAAUUUGCAGAUAACUGCCCUCCAAAUGGCGUGACACUAAAUGACGAGACUAUAGUCGAUGAAGAUAAUUACUCAUUGUACGUGGAAGGUGGAUAUACUCCCACCAUGAACAAAACAAGUUGGGAUGAAGGCGUCACCAAGAAGACGAGCUCACCGGAAGUUGUCAUUGUUCAUCCAUUUCUGUCCAACAAAGAUGUCUCCAGGCGUACACACCUUCUCUCUUCUUGGUACCUGUUUGUUGUACUUCUGACACCAAUUGUCUUCCUGCCGAUCAUUCUAUUGAUAGAUGAUCAGUAUGAGCGCCAAGCCAAGUGUGGUUACACGAUCGCAGUGAUGGCCGUCUAUUGGAUAACUGAGGCACUGCCCAUUGGUGUGACGUCUCUGAUCCCUGUCGUGGUAUUUCCACUUUUAGGAGUGUUGACUGCACGUGAAGUGUCCGGCGUGUACUUCAAUGACACCUCCAUGCUGUAUGUUGGUGGACUGACUGUUGCCAUUGCUUUAGAGGUCUGGGAUAUCCCAAAAAGAGUCACACUUCUAGUUCUGCGACUGGUCGGCGCAGAGCCUAAGUGUCUGUUGUUCGGAAUCACCAUGGUCACGUGGUUUCUUUCUAUGUGGAUCUCUAACACAGCUACGACGGCCAUGAUGAUGACCAUUGUCCAAGCACUAAUCAAGCAGUUUAAAAACAUGCAAAUGCUAGACGUUGAAGGGAGGACUUCUUUGAGAGAAGACUCCGGGAAACAUGAAUAUGAACGUUUGGAAAAGAAAGAGCACAAAGAAGAGGCUGAGCUUUCGAGGCUAAGUAAGGCGCUCUCUUUGUCCGUGGCGUACGCUGCUAAUAUCGGGGGCACCGCAAGCUUGACCGGCACCGGACCAAAUCUGAUCUUUUUUGCCGCAGCACAAAAGUUGUUUGAGGAAGUUGGACUGGACUGUCCAGUGACUUUCAGUACCUGGCUCAUCUACGGCCUGCCGCUCUCCCUGAUCGUGGUACUAGCCAUGUACUUGUGGAUGGUGAUAGUGUUUCUCAAGUGCAGGGGCGGAUGCUUUUUGUGUUGCUGUGGAGCGAAGGAAAAGGCACAACGUCUACAAAGAGUGAAGGCGAUGAUCGCGGAGGAAUAUCGUAAACUUGGUGGGGUCACAUACGCCCAAGGCUCCAUUAUCGUGUGCUUUGUACUAUUGAUAGCAUUAUGGAUUACACGAGACAUGGGCGGCAUUGGAGGCUGGGCCACUUGGUUUAAGAAAGGGUCUGUGAGUGACUCCACCCCGUCUGUUGUGUUUGGGAUCUUGUUGUUUGUGAUUCCGUCUUCCAUUCCGAAAGUGUUCGCUAAGAAACAGACUACUCAGAUUUCCUAUCAAAGGGUGACGCCUUUACUAAGCUGGCAACAAGUACACGACAAAAUGCCUUGGUCACUUUAUUUAUUACUUGGGGCUGGGUACGCCAUUGCACACGCUUCUAAGGUGACUGGGUUGUCACAGUGGUUAGGUGACCAACUGAUUUUGUUGAAAGCCCUUGACCAGUGGCUGAUUUUACUCAUCAUCAGCUACGUCGUGUGUUUCGCUACAGAGUUCAUCAGCAACACUGCAAUAUCCACGCUAAUGAUGCCUAUACUAGCCCAACUAUCUAUAAGCCUGCAGAUAAAUCCUUUGUUUUUCAUGUAUCCGGCGGCGGUUGCAUCCUCCUUUGCUUUUAUGUUGCCAGUAGCUACGGCUCCCAAUGCUAUUGUGUUUGCAAGUGGGAAUGUUCGCGUCAUAGAUAUGGUGACAAGUGGAUUGUUUCUGAACAUCAUAGGUGCUCCUAUCCUGGUGCUGGCUACUGCCACCUGGGGUAACGCCUUCUUCCACUUCGAUCAGUUCCCAGCAGAGUUCUUGAAGAACGUCACACAGGCAGCUGUCAACGUGACCUCUGGACAGACGUAAUGAGUAAUAUGGCGAAUACUUUUUUAAUUGUGAAUUUGAUCUACUUCUUGUGUGUAUGUCUUUGCCUAAGUCUGAUUUGAGGUGCUGAACCCGAGUUGGUGUUAAUGUUGCACAAUGGCAUUAAAAUGUUCUCUUUUACAAAACUAUGAAGUGGUGUACAAAAUGAUUUAAACAUUGUAAAUAAAAUGUAACAUUUUUAAUUGAUAAUUUAUAUCUCAGGGCCAAAGUCUUAUAUACUUUAUCUGAAAGUGCUGUCUGAUACUUUUAAAUUUAUACUACAAUAAACUAUUUGAAUAUGAGAUUAGGUUUGAAUAGGAGGAAUUAAUUGCAAACUCUGCUCUGUCUGACUGUUGCCGAGUCGGAGCUCCAUAGUGCUAGGAGGUUCUCCCUCCUAUUUUAGUUCAAAAUAUUUAAUCAUUAUUAUCUGUCAUUAAAAAACUAAAGUUCUAUUCCUUGUUUGAAAUACCAAACAAAAUAAUUAAUUACAAAUAUUAAAUUAACUAAUUGGUUACUUUUUUUUAUUCUUGUGUUGACAGGUAAAAGAAAUAAUUGUGAAAAAUUUCAGCUUGAUCCGAGAAUGGAUGUGGGAGAAAUAACGUGUACAAACUUUUUACCAGACAGAGUGAGUUAAUAUAAGCUUUGAAAUAACAAGAGGAAACAGUAAUUGAGAGCUAUCAAUAGUGUCGGCCAGAAAUGUCUUAUAGCGAAUUGUAAGUGUAUAGAAGUAAAAACCUAAUUUCAAUGUUUCUAAUUUAUUUAAUAUUGAGUGGAAAAAAAAGCAUAUUAUGUUGUUUAAACAUUUAUUUAUUAUGGUGUUUAAACAUUUAUUGAUUAUGGUGUUUAAACAUUUAUUGAUUAUGGUGUUUAAACAUUUAUUUAUUAUGGUGUUUAAACAUUUAUUGAUUAUGGUGUUGAAGUGCUUCAAUCUCCGUCUCGUCUUGUAGUAGGGUACUUUGUUCAUGGGACUGUAGGGACAUUUUCUAACAGACAGUAUCGUCCACAUGUACCGCAGGUUAAGGCAACAUUGACUUUGUUGGUAGAAGAACCAGCCAUAUGUUGUUUGGUACGCCUUUCUUCCAGACCUUAGGCCAAAGCUUUUUACUUAUCCAUUUGCGCGGUGUAGGGUUAGACUUUUUCCAGGUGUCAAAAACAUUUACUUUUCCCCAAAAAUAAAGACUAUACCUUAGUCAUGUGACAGUUACAUUGAGCAAGAUGUAUCCCUAAAUAUCUGGUGAAAUAAGACGAAUUUGUUCCUAUAGUCAGCGCUUCGCUUUCAAAAUAGUUGGCUUACCACUCUGACUACAGGGUAUACAAUGUCAUAAGAAUGUACAAUAGUAAUAAAUACAGUAUUUGAUAUAUUUCUAAGGCUUGUAACAGGUUAGACUCCCACCAGUACUGUUUCUAAACUAUAAAAGAUGCCUUGCAGACGCUGGUAAAGUAUUUCUGAAAUGUAAUGUUUUUUAAUUAAGGUUUUCAUACACUCUGUAGUAUGUUACAGUUGACAGUGUAAAUACAUUUAAAUUUACUUUUUACAUUACAUUGAUUGAUGGAUUGUCAUGCUGUAAAUGUAUCACUAAAUAAAUAUUGUAAUAACUGAAGGGAGGCAACUCAACGAGACAUACAUGUUUAUUUACAUGGAGACAUGACAAACACAUCGAACAUCUGCCUUGAGCACAGCAUCUUCAUAUCGGUUCUAGACUUGGGCGGAAAUCGUUCUCUCCUUUCUAAUAUCAACAUCCUUCCUAGUCUAGUCACUAAUAGUGCGCACCUUCUGCACUAUCUUGGAUGGCGGUGUGCAUGGCGGGGCUACAACAAUAUCUUAUCUCUUAUGCCAUACCGAUUCGACACUAUCUGAAUUGAUCUCUUUAUGUUGUUCCACUGAGUUUAUGGUGUAUGACUCUGAUCACGUGCGAGCUGGAAAACGGUUAAUGUCUGGAUAGAAUUUUAGUAGUAAUUUAAAACGAAGUUAUUUGCCAAAAGAAAAUUUGCUACCGAGGACAGACGUAGACUGGCGAAAAAAAAAUCAAAAUAGACCAACGGUGGACAACGACUAUGCCUGCGCUGGAUGUAGCAAAAUAUGUAGAUCGCAUUAGGGGCUGUGUAGCGACGUGUAAUACUGCCUUCAUAAGUAAUCUUCGGGCUCUAUGACAGACCUUGUUAUUGGUAUUAUUUUAUUGGUAUUAUUAUUUGCCUUUUAAACCUUAUUUUGCUAUGUCCUACGAUGUACAUAUGAAUUUUUAUUAUCCAAAUUUUGUAAUGUACAGAUAAACAAUAAAUGAACAAAACCAAC